AUGGGGCAGGGAAACAGUUCGGUCAAGAACUGGCUGGUUGUGGCUGUUCUCCUCCUUCUGGGGCUGUUGGAGGCAGAAGGCAAAUGUUUCCUCAAUCGCACUCAGGAGCACUGUGUGUGCUACAGCCUGUCCCAGGAAAGCCUCAGCAGCAUCAUCCAGUGCCUCCCAGCCUCCGUCGUGGAGUUCUGGGGGGGACAGCUGGAGAGAUACACAGCCUUCACCAUCAGUGACCCGGGCCCCUCCGCCAUUAAAAUGUUGGGCUCCCUUAUGAUCAGGAAAAUAGUUUUUGGUGAUCUCCUGGUGCCUGAGAUACUCCUCGCCCAAGUCCUGAGGUUUUUCUCCUACACCCAGGUGCAGGAGCUGGUGUUUGAGAGCUGCGUUUUCAAGGGGAGAGGCAACUGGGCUGAAAUGGCUGGCCAGGACUUGCCCAUCUUGUCCCUGCACUUCCACAACGUGACAUCCGCCCCGCUGACGGGCCGCGAGCAGGACUUCUCUAGCCUGAGCAGCUGGCUGGGGACGCUGCAGGAGCUGGCUGUCACGGGUUCCCAUGUCACCAGCCUACCCUGUGGCCUCGGAAGGGUGUUCAGAGAUCUGCACUCUCUGGACAUGGCACAGAACAGCCUUGGGGAUGAGAGCUUGGUGCCUGCCUUUUGUCAGGGGGCUUUCCCUCAGCUCCACGUCCUGAGUCUGCAGCGCAACAACCUGACAUCCUACCACGGCGUGUGUGAGAGCCUGCAGCUGCUGCUUGAGCUCCAGCAUCUAGACCUCAGCCAGAACAAGCUCGUGGCAGCCCUCCCCUCCUCCUGCCAGUGGCCAGUGUCCCUCCGAAUUCUUAACUUGUCCGACACUGGCUUGGAUGAAGUCCUCACUCCCCUGCCUCCCAGUCUAGAAGUGUUGGACGUGAGCUGCAACCACCUCCGUGCUGUAGACAUCUCCCUCAGCUCCCUGAAGCAGCUCUUCCUGAGCCAAAACAUGCUGCAGGCUGCCCCCUCCAUCGGGAAUUACCCCAUGUUGGAGACUCUCCACCUGGACAACAACUCCAUCCCAGACCUGCCAUGGGAUGAGAUGAAGCUCCUGGGGCACCUGCAGGAUGUGUCUGCAGCCGGCAACCCCUACAACUGCUCCUGCUCC